AUCGCUGAUGAUUGUUGCGUGGACGUAGUUAUUCUGGGUUUUGAACUCACGAUCGAUCGCUUACUAAGCGAACGCGAGUUAGCAACGGAGGUACCCGGGCGGCGACAGCAACAAUUUGCUGACAACAACAUUGGCGGUCGUUGGCAAUCGAGCCAGCAGAACGGGGUCAUCGAAGUAUGCUGACGACAACUUUGGAUCAAUAAACUUUGGCAGUUUUCGGCGUGGAUAAGCAGAGGCACGAAACUGCAACUUUGCAUUAUGAACUGUAGAAAAAUUUAAAUAAUCAAAUAAAAGUUAGUUAGUGCUAGGCUAUCGACAAGUGUGGUCGCGUUUUUUAAAAAAGAUUAUCACGUCCGUGAAAUCUUAACUGGAGGCUCCGGCGAGAUCCUCUAAAGCGGGAAUUGUAUAAAGUGUUUAGUGUAGUGCAAAACUCUUAAGAAAAAAUUAGUGCAACCAAAAUCUUGAUUAAAGUGUUUUUAUUGGUUCAAAGAGCCAGGUUGUGUUCGAAUAUUACUGGUUCAAAGAGCCAGGUACUACACAUCGCAAAAGCGAACUACAAGACACCGAGGACCUGAUCCCGAUCGGCACCGCUGGCCCGGAGUAGCGGAAGUAAAACGGAUACCCAAACGUGCCUGCUUGUAGAUCCCCCGUUUACAGAGGACAGCCACCGAAAAGUCCAACGUGUGAUGUUGGCCAUAUCCAGGACUAGGUCCUUUAUGUACUCAAAAAUCACUUUAAUAUCUCCAAAGUAAACGGAUUGUCAGCCGAUGAACCCUUUAUGGGACAAAUACAGGAAGUUUACAAAAAACACUUUGGUAAUAAGAGAUCGUUAAAAAUUCGUUUUUGUCAAAAAAUACUUCAAGAUGUUCAACAAGAAGACGACCAAUGGGACGUUAUCCGAAGCGAGCAUUAUCGUGCACAUCGUGGUGCUGAAGAAAAUAAGUUACAACUUUUGAGGAAGUUUUAUUUUCCAAAAAUUUUUCAAAAGUUAAAAGAUUUUGUUACCAAUUGUCAGAUUUGUAACGAAAACAAAUAUGACCGAAAACCAAUCAAAUAUCCACUUCAAGAAACCCCAAUUCCAAAAUGCUCCUUUUAAAAUCGCCCACAUAGAUAUCCUAUUCCUUGAAAACGGCCACUUCCUAACCUAUGUCGACAAAUUCUCUAAAUUCGCCCAAAUCAAACCCAUAGAUUCAAGAGCCGCAGUUGACAUAGUUCCUGCAGUUAAAGAAAUCCUUUUAAAAUACAAUCCUCCGGAAAUAUUAGUCAUGGACGGUGAAAAAUCCUUCAUGACUGGAGAUCUGGUAAACUUCUAUAAUACCCAUCAUAUCGAACCGUAUGUCACAGCUACAGGACGGAGCGAAAUGAACGGAAUUGUCGAACGUUUCCACUCCACUCUUUUAGAAAUUUACAGAAUAACCAAGCACGAGAAUCCAGAAAAAUCCGUUACUGACCUACUUUUCCUAUCACUGAAUAAAUACAAUUCCACCAUCCAUAGUUCCACUGAACAUACCCCCUACGAAGUUAUACUUCCUUCCUCAAGAACUCCAGAAAUUAUAGAAAAAGUUUACAAGAACAUUUCAGAAAAACAAAAGAAAGAUUUAAAAUACCAUAAUAAGUUCAAGAAAGCCGUGGUGAUAGAACCUAAUCAAGAGAUCUAUGAAAAUGCCAGACAGAGAAUGAAACAUAAAAAACGUUACAAGAAAAAUAAAGUUAAACAAGUUAACAAAAGCACCGUAACUAUGGACGAUGGAAGAAGGAUACAUAAAGAUGAUGUUAAGAUUAGGAAAAUAUAAUCUUGUUUUAUUAUUUUUUCUCGUUACAGAAUUCUAAUGUUCUUAAAAAUAGUAAUAACUGAAAAGAUAGACGUUAAGAGGAUAGACCAUCUUCCCAUUAUUGCUUUCAAUUUAGGUACCGCUAGAAUUCAACAAACAUCUCACUAUUAUAUGCACCAUUUCAAUGUCACCUCUCUGAAAACACAUGUAGAAAUUCUUAAGAUACAAUUCGAGCAAUUGAAACCCAAUCAGUUUACAAGCCUUACAAAACAAACAUUCGAACAGAUUCAUCAAACUCUAGAAAAUCUAGCCCCUUCUCGGCGGCAAAAACGUUGGAAUAGUCUAGGAACAGCCUGGAAAUUUAUAGCCGGAAGUCCGGACGCAAACGACUUGAAAAUUUUAAACUCCUCAGUUAAUGAUCUUAUCUCCAAUAAUAAUCAACAAGUUAGAAUAAAUAGAGCACUUAAUUUACAAUUGAAAGAACUGGUAUUCAAAACUAAAGACGCAAUAGAACUGUCGAAUUCAAAAUCAUUAGAAAUAUAUUCAAUGAACAUUUUACUCAAUUUGAAAUAUUUAGCAGAAAAACUAGAACAGAUAGUUGAUAGCAUAUCGUUAGCAAAAGCAGGAAUCCUUAAUGAGAAAAUACUUAGUCAAGAUGAAAUUGAAAUUUUAUAUCACGAUGUAUUCAAACAAAAUAUUACGGUUCAUAAUGCAGUGGAAGCCCUCAACUUUGCAGACACAACGAUCGCAACGAACGGCAAGGAAUUGACUCUCCUGAUAAAAACCCCCAUCUUAGAUAAAAGGAUAUUCAAUAAGAUUCAUGUUUUCCCUGUUACUAACAAUCACAAGCAAAUUCAUCUGACAAACAGAAAUUAUUUAACUCACGAAACCGGCAACUAUAUGGUCAAUACACUACAACCAACAAUAUACAAAACCUACGAAGUAGUAUUCGACAACUCAAGAUGCAUACCAAAUCUACUUUUUGGGAACCAAGCAACCUGUAACUACACCAUGAAUCCGCCAGAGGAUCAAAUCACCAUAAUCAAUGACGAAAAUAUCAUCUUAAACUCGGAUAAAAACAUUUCCUUCACUUCAACCUGCGGACUCAAAAAUCGUACAUUUACCGGAACAUUUUUAAUUACGUUCCACGAUUGCGAAAUCAACAUCAACAACAUAUCCUAUUCUAACGAAAUACAGAACAUGGUUGGAAGCCCAAUCCAACUACCAUUGGAUGGAAUUACAAUACAAAAGCAACUUACAAUAGCAAACCUAAGCUUGGAACAUUUACACCACCUACACCUGGAGAUGAGAAAGGAGAUGGAAUAUAUUCGAUUGAACAACACAAGUAUAGAAUGGCCAGCUUGGUCCAUUAUGGGUGGAAUCAUUUCAUUCCCCUGCAUGAUAAUAGGUAUCGUGAUUCUUUUGAAAAUCUUUUCCCACAGAUCAGCUACAGUCAAAAUAAAACAAAUACCCAGUACUACACCAACACAGGAACCAUUGAAGGACAUUCAACCAAAUCUCAGACCCAUGACGAUUAGAGAUGUGAUUCGGACGGAACCUCAUCUCUAAAGGAGGGACGAGUUAGCAACGGAGGUACCCGGGCGGCGACAGCAACAAUUUGCUGACAACAACAUUGGCGGUCGUUGGCAAUCGAGCCAGCAGAACGGGGUCAUCGAAGUAUGCUGACGACAACUUUGGAUCAAUAAACUUUGGCAGUUUUCGGCGUGGAUAAGCAGAGGCACGAAACUGCAACUUUGCAUUAUGAACUGUAGAAAAAUUUAAAUAAUCAAAUAAAAGUUAGUUAGUGCUAGGCUAUCGACAAGU